AUGGAAUAUACCACCGCUCAACAUGAUUAUGAGUUAAAAUUACUCGAAGUCUCAUCUAUCAUGCAAACCGUGCCUGGAUCACUUAAGAAAAGCAAACAAAGGAAACGAGAAAAAGAAAUAGCACAGAAAAAACAAGAAGAUACAGAAAUCUUAGAAGAGUUAUUUAAUUGUGUCAAAACUAUAGACCAUGCUAUAUACAUGGAAUACCACAGGGAAGAAGUUGGUUUAAAAUAUCAGCCUUGUGCCCUUAUGGAGGAUCGAACACUCAAACGAUGUGCCAAUGAUAACGGCAACUUAGACACUUUCUACGGUCAUCAUAAAAAUAAAAAGGUUUGUAUGAUAUCCACCUUAAAGGACUUGGAAAUGAGUUCAUCUGACAAUAUUAUCUAG